AUGUUUACACCACUCGGAUGCUUUGCGGACAUACCCUGUCCCAAAGAUAAAGAGUGUCACCUGCUCAAAUGUUUAUUCUUACACUCGGAUGAAACGGUCAAGACUACAGUGCAGGAUCCGAUUCCAGCCAACAAUGCACCCUCUGCGAAGAGGCUAAGGAUGGAUGUCACGACUGGCGACUCAUCUGGGGCUCGAAAGGUCUCGCUCGAAGUGGAAAGUCAUACCUUGAAAUCAGCCGUUCCCAACCCUUCAGUCACAGCCCAUGACACCAUGGUUCAAGCAACACCCCAAAAGACCACGCAACUGCCCAUAUCAAAUCAGGCUGGUUCCUCGAAAUCGGCUGGAAAAGAGCCCGAGAAAUCCAAAGAUACACCUCGAAAUGCUCAACUUCCCCCACGGCAGGCUCCAAAAGAAAGUCUGAAUCCUCGCAUGCUUGGAUCUGCGCCAGCAGCACAUACCGUCCGAACUGCGAUCCUCAAAAAGCUUCACGCCUCUAUGACAGCCUUGAACGAGAAGCUUCGCAAAGAUAAAGAUCGCUCGAAUCAUUGUUUCCUAUUGACCCCAGACGAGAUCAUAACAAUGGCUUUAGACGAGGAAGAAAAGUGUGCGAGGGACAACCCUGGUGUUUACAGCAAUGUUAUCAAGCUUCGUAUCGUGAAACUCACCAAAAUGGAUCUUGAAACAUGGGUCAAAGAGGUUAUGGCCCAUUUGAAUGGGCGGUACUAUAAGAUCAAUCCGGUUGAAAAGCCCUCGGUGGGGCCCACCCCCAUUCUCAUUGACACCGGCCUUACCCCGGCACAAGAAAUCUCCUUUGUACCCAAGCUCGUCACACCCCUCGCAGGUCUCGAGGCACAUGGGUAUGUCACAAAAGUCCCAACCCAGGCAGAAAUUGAGGCCGCUCAAAGAGGCGUGGACGAGUCCAAGGGCUGGGAAAAAUGCGAUAGGUGUGGGCAACGGUUCCAGGUAUUCCCAGGCCGUCGUGACGAUGGUACACUUACUACUGGCGGCCAAUGCACUUAUCAUGAAGGGCGACCCGUUCACCCCCGACGCAAGAAGACAGAUCAUGUCACAGGCUCGGCAGACCCAUUCUUCCCUUGCUGCAACCAAUCCAUCGGAGCCUCUACCGGCUGCACCAAAGCUAAGACACACGUUUUUAAAGUAUCGGAAGCCAAACGACUUGCUUCAAUUCUUCAAUUCAAAACCACCCCGCCACAACCCAACAAAGGAGCCAUGGAGCCUUUAUCCAUUGAUUGCGAGAUGGGCUACACGACACUGGGUUUAGAGCUGAUUCGCCUCACUGCUGUCAGCUGGCCGGAAGGCCGCAAUGUGCUCGACGUGUUAGUUCGACCCAUGGGGGAGAUCUUGGAUUUCAACACACGCUUUUCUGGGGUGGCACCACAAGACUUUGCUUCCGCCAAACCUUAUGACGCUGAGGCCUCCAAAUCAAACACACACACCGAUGAGAAGGGCAAGGCCAGUGUAUCUCUGCAGCUCGUGAAGUCGCCUGCAGAGGCUCGGGAGUUACUUCUGAGCCUGCUUCAGCCAGAGACACCUCUCAUUGGCCAUGCAAUCGACAAUGAUUUGAACGUUUGCCGAAUAAUUCACCCCACGGUCAUUGACACCGUCCUCUUAUUUCCCCAUCCCAGGGGCCUUCCUAUCCGUAACAGCCUGAAGAUCCUCGCGCAAAAACAGCUUGGUCGUGAGAUCCAAGUCGGGGAUGGUGGACAUGACUCAAAGGAGGACUCUGUCGCUACGGGUGAUCUGGUGAGGAUGAAGCUAGGCACAAAGUGGAAGACAUAUCAAAAAGGAGGAUGGAAAAUGGAGAACAAUCAACUCAUCCCUCCUUCCGGUCGAUAG